AUGAUAAGGAACACACGACAGCUCUGCCCCUGCCAGGUGCUGACUGCUCCUGACCCCUGUGACUUCAGUGUGGGCGUAGAGCAGGCUGGGCACCACAGCGGCCGAGGGGAGCACUUGAGGCGGAAGGCAAAGAAAGACACACAUGCAAAAAUCGCCAAUUACCACCCUAAAGCCUCCACUUUUGGCAUUACAGAGCGUAAAGCCAAAGUUCUACAGAGCGCGGGAACACAAGCGGAGCCCGGCCGCAGUGUUGCUCCCCCCGGGGAUCGCCAGGGCCACCCCCCGCCCCCGGCAGUGACACAGGACGGGCUGCAGCCGCCGGGCAGAGUAACAGAGGCUCCGCCCGGGCGCGGGGCUCCUCGGAGCGCCCUCAGCCGCAGUCCCGCUCCACUCCCGAGCCGGCUCCGCGGGCGGUCCGUGCGGACACCCCAAACACCGCCGCCCCCUCGGCGGGAGCUGAGACGAUCCAAAAUGGCGCCCGGCGGCCGCCCCCCGCCCCCCUCCGCGCAGGCGUUCCCUCCCCCGGCGGGCGGUGCUUCCCCCGCCGUGCCGGGCAGGGGGAGCGGCGGCGGGGCGGGAGGAGCCCGAGCCGCGGGGGCUGGAGCGUCCCCGGAGCAGCCCGGCACCUGUCCCGCAGCCAGGUGUGCGCCGCUCCCGCCGCGGGGGCGGUCGCCAUGGGAGGCCCCGCGCCGGGCCGAGGGGGCGCCCGGCGAGCGGCGGCUGCUCCGCCUCAGCCGCGCUGAGCCCGGCGCUGCUCCGCGGGGACCGGAGGGCAGCGACAUGGACCGCCCGCCGCAGCCGCCGGCCGCCUCCUAG